CGCCAUCGACACAGUAUCCUCUUUCCAAAUCUGCGAAGUAAAGCCAUGCGCGUUCUCAGCUCCCUCGAUCGAUCCCAACCGUCGUCUCUCGUCCUACGGUUCCCGUUUCGCCACGUGUCCACCCAGGCCCCGCCGGCGCUCUCCUCGUCCUUCCCCCUGCCUCCGCUCAACGCCGUCGCCGUGGCCUGCGACCGGCGCCAAGACCGAGGUACUUCUUCGCCUCUGCUGCGGUGGAUCUCCGGCAUUGUCCUCGGGUCCGGCCUCGGUCUGCUCUACUGGCGUUCCGAAUUCGACUCCGCUGCGCCGUUUCUAUCCUUCGCUGACUGGUCGACGACGCCGGCGGCUGACCCCGCGGUGGAGGAUCGCCGCCGGUCGGGCUCCCAGUUCCGCAAGUUUGCUCUCCCUGGGUACAGCCCCAAGUUCAUCGUCGGAGAAACCUUUAGGAGGAAGGUCUUCUUCAAGUAUGAGAAACGGAUCAGGUUGCGUAGUCCGCCCGAGAAGGUGUUCGAGUACUUUGCCUCCUUUCGAACCCCGGAAGGAGAGUUACUCAUGCAGCCCGCAGAUUUGAUGCGUGCGGUUGUCCCUGUGUUCCCGCCUUCUGAAUCGAACCUUGUACGAGAGGGCUAUUUGAUUGGGGAGAGGAAUCCUGGUGACUUGAGAUGUGAACCUUCGAAGUUGUUUAUGCUUUUCGAUGUCAACAAUGAUGGGCGUAUAUCAUUUAAAGAGUAUAUAUUCUUUGUAACGCUGCUCAGCAUCCCGGAAUCAAGCUUUUCGGUGGCAUUCAAAAUGUUUGACCUCAACAAUAAUGGGGAGAUUGACAAGGAAGAAUUUAAGAAAGUGAUGGCUUUGAUGCGAGCUCAUACUCAACAGGGGUCCAUCAACAGGGAUGGAAUUCGUCCAGGUUUGAAGUUCUGUGGCUCUGUUGAAGAAGGUGGUCUGGUGGAGUACUUCUUCGGCGAAGGUGGGAAGUCAGGCCUUCAGCAUGAUAAGUUCGUGCAGUUCAUGAGAGAUUUGCAUGACGAGAUGCUGAAUCUGGAAUUUGCUCAUUAUGACUUCAAAGCACGGGGAACCAUAUCUGCCAAAGAUUUUGCCUUGUCCAUGGUUGCUUCUGCUGACAUAAGCCAUAUAAGCCGCUUGCUCGAUCGAGUCGAUGAUCUAGACAAUGAGGAGCAUCUUAGAGAUGUGCGCAUUUCUCUGGAGGAAUUUAAAAAAUUUGCUGAGCUGAGGAAAAAGCUGCAGCCAUUUUCUUUGGCCCUUUUCAGUUAUGGGAAAGUAAAUGGCUUGUUGACAAGAAAAGACUUCCAGCGAGCUGCAUACAAUGUUUGUGGCGUGUUGCUUACUGACAAUGUCACUGAGGUCAUUUUCCACGUGUUCGACAAUAAUCGUGAUGGGAGCUUAAGUGCAGACGAGUUUGUGAGGGUUCUCCACAGACGGGAGAGGGACAUUGCUCAGCCUGUGGGCAAAGGCCUGAUGGGGUACUUGUCAUGUUGCCAUUGCUGCGGGAAUAAGUGGUCUCUUGAGAGUAUACUUCGGCGAGUCUGAUCAGAUGACCUGCAUUUGGAUCGGGGAGGAAUUUACUACUCCCCUUUCUUUUAGGACAAAGUCUAUCAUAUUUGUACCAUGCUGAACGUAGUAAAGUAGACAACAGAAUUAUAGAUCAAAGUGUUGUGAGGUGGGUGAUGAGAGGGGUCUAUGUUCGUAGACUGUGCACGGAGUCCGGCUGCAGCAAAUUCUAACUGCACCAUCAGAAGAGUUAACUUCUGGAAUCUCAGCUAGUUGUCCCUAACAACCGGAGUUCGUGAGUUGAAGGUGACGGUCAUGAAGGCAUGAACUAAGGAGAACAGGUUCUUGGAGUUGUGGCCUUAUCUCAGAAAGAAUACAGCAAGCAAGACAAUAUUAAGCCUUUGGGAUCAUGCCUCUGUAUAUAAUCAUGGUUUAUUUUGUUCUUAAGAAACAUCAACUCUCUAUGAAAAUACGACUUUUUCUUGACGGUCCAAGAGAAA